AUGGGCGACGUGGAAAGAGGCGUCCGGAGAAACCCGGAUGCUCUGAAUUUGGACGCAAAACAAUGGGGAUGGUGCUCAUUGCUUUAUGCUUAUUUGAUUUUUUUCUUCCUUUCAGGGAACUUUGAGGAAAGCUAUAGCCUGUGUGAAUGGAUCCUCAUCAUCCUAAUGUAUAUUUUUGUCAUUUUAACUUUCCCCCUAACCAUCUGGGGGUGCAUAGAGGUUGUGAUGCAAUACCAACGCGUGGUCAUUUUUAGGCUGGGCCAUAUUCGAAAAGGGGGGUCAAAAGGUCCUGGAGUCUAUUUUGUUUUACCUCGCCUGGAUCACGCGGUCACAGUGGAUAUGCGAACGAUAUCGUUUGAUAUAGCGCCACAAGAGAUUCUUACCAAAGAUUCAGUGACGAUCAUGGUGGAUGGCGUCGUUUAUUACCGGGUUUGGGACGCGAUCCUUUCCGUCGCAAACGUCCUCAACGUGGACACAGCCACUCGGCUCCUGGCUCAAACCACCUUGAGAAAUGCCUUGGGAACCAAGGACCUGGCUCAGAUUCUCUCCGACCGAGAGGAGAUAGCCCAAAAUAUGCAGGUCAGCCUGGACAAGGCCACGGAUAACUGGGGCAUCAAGGUGGAGCUUGUGGAGAUCAAGGAUGUGAAGUUACCUGUCCAGCUUCAUAGAGCCAUGGCAACAGAAGCCGAAGCCACUCGAGAAGCAAGGGCUAAGGUGAUCGCAGCAGAGGGCGAAGUGAACGCCUCACGGGCUCUGCAAAGGGCCGCCGCGAUCAUCUGCGAGAACCCCGCCGCCCUCCAGCUCCGCUACCUGCAAACGCUGACCACCAUCGCCGCCGAGAAGAAUUCCACCAUCAUCUUCCCUCUCCCUCUGGAGAUCUUGCAUGGUUUUGCCUCCCCCAAGUAGGAGCCGCAAUGAGGGGGUGGGGAACAGAGGACAACCAGCUGCUGUCUUUCCUCCAAGCCCUUCGAAUAAAAACGCAUGAGCAUGUUACACAGAGGUGGUGUUCUGACCCAGCCUUAGCAGA